CUGAGCUGGGUGGGAGGUGGCUGGUGGCCACACUCAAGUGUCCUGCCAUGGCCUGACGGGAUGGAGUGAACGCCCCGGGGCCAGGGUGCAGAGCAGACAGUGGGAGGGCAGCGGGCACAGGGUGUUGUCUCUCUGACCUUUGGAUCCCUGGUCUGGUGGCCAGCUGACCCGCCCUCUGGCACCCAGCUGUCACCCAGCUCUGAUCCUCUGAUCUUCCCAUUUGUAUCUCAGACCUGUGACAUUGCAAACACAGGACCGUGGAAAGCAGCUGGUGGGUUGUGGUGGAAUAAGAAGGCCAUGCCAAGAUGGCCAAGGAUAAAAACCCAGGAGCUGGGUCAGCUGGGUCCAGUCUGGAUGGUUGGGGGACAGGAGUCCCCGUUGCCCCGCAGUGACUCAGCAGCAACUGAGUCGAGCGCCUUGAAUGAGAGUAAGUGAAGAUGCAGCAGCUAAGUGCAGAACACCAUGCCUUCUAAAAGCCCGGUCCUCCAUGCGGCCUUGCUUUGUCCAGGCAUCUACCCGGUGGAUGUUUUGGAAGACGACCCCGACGGGCAUCGGGAAGCAACCCUGACUUACUACGCCUCACUCAGGGAAGGCGCUCGGACCCCUCCCGCCGCGCUGCGCUUUCCCACAGGGGAGCAGGUGAAACUUGAAGCUUCGUCUGUUUGCCUUUGCACUGUGUACCGUGAUGACCCUCAGCACAAGCUAUUGGUUUUGGUAAAUCCCCAGGACACAAAGACAGUGGUGGCUGUUUAUGUGAAGGAGUCCUGGUGGUGCACGGAAGACGUUCUGAGGACCUCUGAUCCCGCGAGAGAAGGUCUGAUGGAGGUUCAGGCGUUUGGGGAGAGGAUUGUGCUUUUCAUCCUCAACGUCGUCAUUUUUGGGAGAUCGGAGAGAAGCUUGGAUGAUGACGCCAUGUUUUUUUUGCCUCACUCCGCGAAGGAGCGAGCUAAGAUUCUGUGGAGAAAUGGAGCAGCCGUUGGGUUUUACACAACCAAAAGGAAAGGCAGCCUGUGUGGCGAUGGCACCGGCGCGUGCUACCUGCUGCCUGUCUUAGAUACCGUGUUCGUCAGGAGGAAGCACCGUCGCCAGGGCUUGGGGACAGCCAUGCUGCGGGACUUCUGUGAGACGUUCUCCGAGGACGAGGCCCUGGGAGUCAGCUGCCCCAUUUCUCCUGCCAUGUACCAAGUCUGUAGGCAGUUCCUGUUGGCCUAUCCUGAGGAGCGAGGCCGCCUGUGGGAGGUGGAGCCCCCAGGGGCCUGGGGCCAGCGCACCAGCAUCUGGCUCAAAGUUCAACUUCAGCAGGCAAGACUUGGAGAGUGGCCCCCGGCAGGGUUAUACCUCGCGCAGGAGCUCCUGGGCUUCAUCCUGCAGCCGCUUGUCAGUCAGUGCUGGCAGGUGCUGCAAAUGCACUCAAAGGGGAAGAAUCUUCAGCGAAGGUGUCCAGUGUCCAUGCUGAGAAGCCGUGAACUGAAUUCCUUAGCUGCGUUCCCCUUCCCCUGGCUGCUUCAUUUCACACCAGAUAUGAGGGCUCUUCACAGAGUUCAUGGGAGAUGUGUAUUAUGAGAAAACUAUGUGUGCAUUCAGACACUUUUGCACCCAAAUAAACUUGUCCCAACUUCUUACAGCAUGCCCGAAGAUGCCAGCACUGUGAUGUAGCGUGUAAAGCCACCUCCUGCAGUGCCAGCAUCCCACAUGGCCUCCAGUUCAAGUCCCAGCUGCUCUACUUCUGUUACAGCUCUCUGCCAUGACCUGGGAAGGCAGUGGACGAUGGACCAAGUGCUUGGGCCCCUGCACCCACACGGGAGAUCCAGAACAAGCUCUUGGCUCCUGGCUUUGUACGGCCCAGCUCCAGCCAUUGUGGCCAUUUAAGGAGUGAACCAGCAGAUGGAAGACGAGUCUCUCUUUGUCUCUCUGUAACUCUGCCUUUGAAAUAAAUAAAUAAAUCUUAAAAAAAUGCCUGAAGAGGGUCUAGUGUCAGGCACUAGGAAAGACAAGACAUGGUUUGGAAAGAGUCACAUGGCUUCUGCUAAAAUUGCAACAAGAGAGCUUGUCCUCUUUUCAGCACAGCUGUUGUUGCUGGAACCACGGCUGUGAAGAUGGUUUGGUGCCCUCCCAAGAGCUGGGUACAGGUAUAGUUGGUGACUACCAGGCUGGUGAGCUGAUCUGUUCUGAACUUGGCUGCCUGCAGGUGAUGGGGUCAUCGCUCAAGAUCUGAGUAGAGGGGCUUCAGCAGUGAUGGGGCAUGAAAGGAACCCCUGGCGUGGAGAGUCGCAGGAUCCUCUCCUGGUGAUGGAGAUCUGUCUCCGUGACUGGCUGCAGGCAGGGCCUGGCUGUUCUCAUGAGUCUGGCAAGUCACAUCCCCAAACUGGAGAACAGUGAGGAGUUCUGAUGGACAGGAAUCGGCCCCCCUCAAAGUACAGCUCAGGGAGCAGAUAAUUGGUUCAGGCAGGUGUCGGGUUGGAAAGGCUGAAGGACAGGAGAUGAUGCCAUAGCUUCUAACUUUGUCUCCACUACCUGGGGACAAGAAGAGUUUCUAGAACAUUGAAAGAAAUAUGCACCAUGUCACCACUUUCAAAGAGAGGAAUUGUCCAGUGGUGUCCACUUUGAAAAUGUUAGAAACCAGUGUGGAUCUGAUUAUCGCUGGGGACUUCCUGUCCUAGUUCUGUUCUGACCUUUUCUUCCUAAACAAGGGCAGAUGGCAGCUACACAUGCAGCCCAUGACCCUAUGGAAUUGGACUUGUUUUUUGGGAAGAGUCCAAUGUUUGUGGCUGUGGCAGCCACUUACAUGGCCUUGUAGGUGUCAGCUGAGAAGUGGCCCUAUAGAGAAAUCGCUGGUGUUGCUGCUGUUACAUUCAGACAGACCUACAUACUACUCUGUCCCUGAGCUCCACAUGUCUCCUGCAGACUUCAGAUUUGGCACCCCAGGGCAGGUGUUUGGCCUGACAAUUAAGAUGCCAGUUAGGAUACUUGUGUCUGUCUCGAAGUACCUGGGUGUGGUUCCCAGCCUCUGCUCCCAGCUUCCUGCUGAUGCAGAGCCUUGGAAGUGUGGUGCUGGCUGAAGUACUUGGGUUCCUGCCACCCACAUAGGAGACCCAGAUUGUAUCCUGGCUCUUGGCUUUAGCCUGGCCUGGUUCAGCUAGAACUUUUUGGAGGGCUGGACCAGCAGAUGGGAGUUAUCUCACUCUGUCUCUGUUUCUUAAAUUAAAAAAAAGUUUGACACCCCAGUGAGCAAAGUGCCCCAGCGCUACACUGAGCUAGCUUCAGAGUGAUUCAGCCGGAACUUUGCCUGUUGUAAUAGCCUGAAAGCGGCGGGCUGUCUUUAGUGAGAACAAAAGACACGGUUCACAUUAUAGGGCAAAUAUUAUUACUUGGCAUUCUGUAUGUUUAUACAAGAGAAAUGUAACUAUUUGAGUUCCUUAUUGAAUUUGUUUUGUAGCAAUUAAGGAUACUAUAUUUUGGAAGAUGUUUGGAAAUUAUGUAAUUCUUGAGUAGGACUUUUUUCAAAACUAAAAAUAGAAAAAAUGGAGCAAGAACAAAAAGCAAAUUUAUUGUGAAGCAUGGUUGGAAGAAUGGUGAAAUCUUUGAUGCUUUACAGAAAGUUUAUGGGGCAAUGACCCAAAGGAACUGGCAGUUUACAAAUUGAUAAUUUGUUUUCAGGAGGGAUGAGUUUUGAAGAUGAAGGCCACAGUGGGAAACCAUCUGUAUGAAACUGAGGAAAAAAACUUAAUCUCAUUUGUGCUCUAGUUGAAGAUGACCAGCAGUUAACAGCAGGAACAGUAGUUAACACCAUGGA